AUAUUUUUGUGUAAACUUUUAUGACAUUUAUUAUUAUAAUUGAAUUGUAAUUACAAAUAGAGUUAACAUUACAUCGAUUUUGAUUACAUUUGAGGGUUUAAUUUCAUUCACAAUUUAAGAGACCAUAUCUUGCAUUGUAUUUGAAAGCAAUGUUAUGAAUGAAGUGAUCGUCUCAUUGGUUAGCAUUGAAGUGAUUGUUGGCACUCAUUGUCUCUGUCCUCGAGAUCUCAGGGUUUGAUAAUUAGUGGGAAAUAAAGGUUCGGACGAAGAAUGGACUCUAAGAAGGAAGUGAAGGAUGUGGUGGUGAAGGGCACGACUGGCCCAACACUGGCCCACCCUUUGGUGUUGAAUGAUAUGCCAAAUGAGAUAAUGGAUAAGAUCUUUGGUUUGCUCUCAUUUGAAACCAUCGCUAAGAACCGAAUCGUCUGCAAACGAUUCAAUCAAAUCGGAAGUCAAAUACUGAACAGCGAGUUUCAAAUUCUUCGCAAUUAUACUCAACAGCGGUUUCAGACAAUUAAGAGCCAAAUGCCGCGCCGAGAGUCGGCCAGACGUAAGCACCCGUUGGCCCGCGAGUCGGACAUCAUAGAGACUCUGCACAUGCGGUUAACUCUGCUUCAGAUGACAUUCAACAAACACAUCGAGCGAAUGCAUUGUUGCUUCUUCUCCGGCGAGAUCUUAGACGAAGUGCACAGAAUCAUACGCUAUGUCCGCAACACACCUGUCCUCUCCCGGGCCUAUAAAGUGACGGAUGAGUUGUUCGACUUGUCGACAAUGGCUAUGGAGUACUUCAAAGAACAUAUUGAGCCAACGCUUCCAGAAAUCAAUUACUUCGGAGUCGCCGACUAUUUGCUCGACUACUCGCCAACGCUUACCGGUUCUCCACAGACACAGCUCUCGCUUAUGGACAAUACCACUAAAGGUAUACAUCACUCGACCCGCAAGAAAAGUAUUAAAUCAAACGCCAAUUCUUUGGCCUCGACUUCCGGUUACAAGAAUUCUGAAACAAUCGCUUUGAAGAAGCGCUUAAAGAACGCCGAGUUAUAUGUGAAGCGAAAUAACAGUCAAAUACUGUCACUGAAAAGAGAGGUAAUGCUGGCGAAGAAGAAAUGGUCACAACAGCAGAGAAUUACUAAUGGUAUGCGAACUCGUUUUGAUGAUUACGACAAGAAGUUAGAGACAACUAAUCGCAAAAUGAGUGCUGUUUUGGAAGAGUUGAGUAAAUGCAAGACUGAACUGCAAUAUUGGCGAUCGACCUCUCCGUCCAGUUCGACCCCCACUCCCAAUACUAAACCCAAUCACUGCAGAUGUGGCGACACUUCCAUUGAAAACGAUUCACUUCUCGUUCCCGAAGUAUUCAAACCCAUUGAUGAGAAGCCGACCACCGCUUCCCCUGAAGUGAAUGCAAUUGAAGACAACGUUAGCGAUGGUCUACCGGUUGUCCAUCGAGUCGAGGGAAAGCAUUGCAAACGAAAACUCCAUUAUAUCGAUGAGAAAAAGUGCGAUAAAAAGAUGAAAAAAUCGUAA